GGCGCCAAGCAGGAGGGGAUUUGUUUGUGCGCAUGCGCUGCGAAGGAAAAACAAGGAAGUUUUUCUAGAUGGAAACGCUGGAUGGGGCAGAGCUGAGAGCAUCAGAGUGAGAUUAAUAGUGUUCGCUCCACGUCAUGUAAAGCUGCUGUUCCCCCGCCGACGGCAGCAGGAAGCAACAUGUUGUCUGCUGGGUUAUCCAACAACAAGGUCAAAUAUUCCCGGGUGGCCGCCGACGACGACGGCUACAUCGACCUGCAGUUCAAGAAGAGUCCACCGAGGGUUCCCUACAAGGCCAUCGGCGUGGCCAUAGUCCUGUUUCUGAUCGGCUCCUCGCUCAUCAUCUUCGGGGCCCUUUUCCUGGCCGGGAUCAUCAAGGUGGAGAAUCCCGACCGCACCAUCCCCGUCAUCGUCAUAGGCCUGCUGGUCUUCCUGCCCGGGUUCUACCAUCUGAGGAUCGCGUACUACGCCGCCAAGGGUUACAGAGGGUACUCCUACGAUGACAUCCCCGACUUUGGCGACUGACCCGGGGGGUGGGGGGGGGGCUGUCUACUGUCCGAGCGAAUGUAGCAGAAAAGGACCGCCGUCGUUUCCUCCUGACGCCGUGGAGACCUGCGUUCAUCCUGAAGGGCACCAUGUCAGAGCUUUGCUGAAAUAUUGCAGGAAUGUACAACUGUGUGAUGUUUUGUCUUUGCUCUGUUUGCUCUGGUUUCCUCUCCUCUUUAUUAGCCUCCACGCAGAAGCACGACCGACCUGAGAGACUUGAUGCUCCUUUAUUAGCAGCAGAGGCGGCCGGACCAGCCGCCGGGCCGGCAGCAGCUUGCUCUUAUACAACUCGACACAUAAAUCACAGCAUACUUUAUUUACUGCUGCUCCAAGGUUUAGAGCAGCUGUUGCCUUGCAGCUUUAUAUCGUCUCAUAUCCUCACCCUGGCUUGUGACCUUUACCGGUUCUUCUGAGACGACGUAUUUGCGUUACAAUCAAAAAGUGGCUAUUUUCUAGUGCGCAGAUAUAUUUUUAAACGCAAUGUGUAAAGCGUGUGUUUGUAUUCUUGCUCUCGUGUUUAGGAUAUUUAAGAUACGUUUCUAUUUGUUACGCUGAGAUGAUUUGACAAUAAAGCAACCGAGAAUGUUUUGAA